GUGGGCGACAGUGGUGGCCAGACCCGGGAUCUCGGCGACUUUACAAACAGGAAUGUGAAGUGUACAUUGGAAAGAAACAAGAAAGAUCAGCUACAAGGCUUCUGGAGUAGACCAGACUGCAAGCAUGAAUGAGAACUGAGACUCCAAGGUGUUUGUACCCAGCCUUCCUACAGACAAGUGGUCUGUCUCUAGAGACAUUCUGAGAUCAUAGAUCUUUAAAUGGAUCAAAUGGCUACCACUCAGAUUUCCAAAGAUGAGCUUGAUGAACUCAAGGAGGCCUUUGCAAAAGUUGAUCUCAACAGCAAUGGAUAUAUUUGUGACUAUGAACUUCAUGAACUUUUCAAGGAAGCGAACAUGCCAUUGCCAGGCUAUAAAGUGAGAGAAAUUAUUCAGAAACUCAUGCUGGAUAGUGACAGGAAUAAAGAUGGAAAGAUAAGCUUUGAUGAGUUCGUUUAUAUUUUCCAAGAGGUAAAAAGCAGUGAUAUUGCUAAAACCUUCCGCAAGGCAAUCAACAGGAAGGAGGGUAUCUGUGCUCUGGGGGGGACUUCAGAGCUCUCCAGUGAAGGGACUCAGCAUUCUUAUUCAGAGGAAGAAAAAUAUGCUUUUGUUAACUGGAUAAACAAGGCCUUGGAAAAUGAUCCAGAUUGCAGACAUGUUAUACCUAUGAACCCAAAUACUGAUGACCUGUUCAAAGCUGUUGGUGAUGGAAUUGUGCUUUGCAAAAUGAUCAACCUUUCAGUUCCUGAUACAAUUGAUGAACGUGCAAUCAACAAGAAGAAACUUACACCCUUCAUCAUUCAGGAAAACUUGAAUUUGGCUCUGAACUCUGCAUCUGCCAUUGGGUGUCACGUUGUGAACAUUGGUGCAGAGGAUUUACGGGCUGGGAAACCUCAUCUGGUGUUGGGUCUGCUUUGGCAGAUUAUUAAGAUCGGUUUGUUUGCAGACAUUGAGUUAAGCCGGAAUGAAGCGUUGGCUGCUUUACUUAGAGAUGGUGAGACUUUGGAGGAGCUUAUGAAAUUGUCUCCAGAAGAGCUUCUGCUUAGGUGGGCAAACUUUCAUUUGGAAAACUCGGGCUGGCAAAAGAUCAACAAUUUCAGUGCUGACAUCAAGGAUUCCAAAGCCUAUUUCCACCUUCUCAAUCAAAUUGCACCAAAAGGACAAAAGGAAGGUGAACCACGGAUAGAUAUUAACAUGUCAGGAUUCAAUGAAACAGAUGAUUUGAAGAGAGCAGAGAGUAUGCUUCAACAAGCAGAUAAAUUAGGUUGCAGACAGUUUGUUACCCCUGCUGAUGUUGUUAGUGGAAACCCCAAACUGAACCUGGCCUUUGUGGCAAACUUGUUUAAUAAGUACCCAGCACUGACUAAGCCAGAGAAUCAGGAUAUUGACUGGACUCUACUAGAAGGAGAAACUCGUGAAGAAAGAACCUUCCGUAACUGGAUGAACUCACUUGGCGUUAAUCCCCACGUGAAUCAUCUCUAUGCUGACUUGCAAGAUGCCCUGGUAAUCUUACAGCUAUAUGAACGAAUUAAAGUGCCCGUGGACUGGAAUAAGGUGAAUAAGCCUCCAUACCCGAAACUUGGAGCCAACAUGAAAAAGCUGGAGAACUGCAACUAUGCCAUUGAAUUGGGGAAGCAUCCUGCUAAAUUCUCACUCGUUGGCAUUGGAGGCCAAGACCUGAAUGAUGGGAACCAAACUUUGACCUUAGCUUUAGUGUGGCAGCUGAUGAGGAGAUAUACACUAAAUGUCCUGGAGGAUCUUGGAGAUGGUCAGAAAGCUAAUGAUGAUAUUAUUGUGAACUGGGUGAACAGAACAUUGAGAGAAGCUGGAAAAUCAACUUCCAUUCAGAAUUUUAAGGAUAAGACGAUCAGCUCUAGUUUGGCAGUUGUGGAUCUAAUUGAUGCCAUCCAGCCGGGCUGCAUAAACUAUGACCUUGUGAAGAGUGGCAAUCUAACAGAGGAUGACAAACAGAGUAAUGCCAAGUACGCAGUGUCCAUGGCUAGAAGAAUUGGAGCCAGAGUGUAUGCUCUUCCUGAAGACCUUGUUGAAGUUAAGCCCAAGAUGGUCAUGACUGUGUUUGCAUGUUUGAUGGGUAGGGGGAUGAAGAGAGUGUAAAACAACACCUCUCAAUAAAACCAACCAUGUUCCCAGGUGCAUGAUUAUUAGUAAGUCAGCUAUUUCCAGGUGAAGUACUCACGGCUUAAGGAAUUCUUGGUCAUCUAAAGGACUUUUAGUUUCAAUUUACAAGAGUAGUUCACCAUGAGAACCCUGAGGGGAUUUUUCAGAAAAACAGCUUUUUUCCCCCACAGUCAAAGUUGAAUCUGUCAGGCAUACUUAAAGUGUGUGCAUAAUCAGAAUACUUUCUUCUCUUCCUGGAAUGCUGCCCUUGACAUCUCUCAUUGCUGCGUGUAUUUCUCCCUAUGUCUCUCCCCUCUUAAAAUGCCCAUCUCUUGAGAUUUGCUUAGAUGGUUGCAUAGGAAUAUUGUUAGCCAGUCAUUUGCUUUCCAUCUUGUCUGCUAACUCUUAUUCAAAAACUAUGGGCAGAGGUAUAUAGAUGGAAGUAGUCCUUGCUUACUUGGUAGUACUGAAAAUUUGCCCAAGUAACUGGCUGCACAGAAUGUAAUAGAAGCUUUUCUUAUUCUUUUAUUCUUAAAAUCAGUAUCUUUUUACAAUAUUCUUUCUACAUGAUCCUUUUUUGUACAUUUAAGAAUAUUUUGAUUACAUUCAACAAGUCUGCUGAUUUUGCUACUUUUUUAAGGGGGUCUUCAAGUGAAUAAGUAAAAAAAUAUAUUGUUAUAGGUAGAGGAAAAAUGUACCCGAAAUUUGCUUAUAUCCAAGCUCUAAACAAUAUUUUGUCUUGAGUCUGUUCAACAAAUACUUAUUAAUUUUGAAACCUGUAUCAUCAAACCCUCUCUUUAAAUUUAAAAUGCUAUUGAAUAUGACAUGCUUGAGAAGAGAGUGAGCCUAGAACUUAGAUGGGAUUCUGUAGGGUAAGUACGCUAAGUGUACAAUAUAUGUUUUAGUUUUACACUUAUAACAAGGAGAUGUGGUCACUAAAAAGUAAAAAUAUGUAAGACUUAAUGUACUCUUGCUUUGUCAAGCUGUUUGCUCUAGUUUUCAACAUCAUUAUGUUACUCUUAACUCCAGAAAAGUGAUGUAAUCUGGUAGUGAUAUAGUACUUCAAAUAAAAGCAUUUACAUAAUAA